AGUACCAACAUUUGACUCACUGAUUGUGAGUUCUUUCAUAUCCUCUGACGUACACACACAGCAAUAUCACGAUUUAUUAAGCAGAAUAGUCCAAUUUUUACCCAAAAAAACGAGAAAAAAUGGUCUAAUUGCUCAAAAAAUAAAUAAUUAAAUAAAAAGAAUAGUCGAAUAAGUAUAACAGUGUAAGGCUAAGAUGAAUCGUGCAAAGCAAUAGAAUAGAAGCAUGGCAACAACAAGGUCAUUCGUGGGACCCACACCAUUUCUUCUUUCUUCUCCAUACAAAAGUGCACUAAUCAAAUCCCUCCACUUGCCAUCUUCUCCUACCUCUUUCUCCCCACUCCACGUCAGCACCUCUUCCACAAUCUCGGCCGACCACCACCAACAACCUCAUCCCUCCUUCGAAAUCCUCGGAGGCGCACGUGAUCGUUUCCUCCCAUCUCUCUCUCACGUGACUCGUCCUUACCACCCUUUCCCCCUCAUCGCUUGGAACCGCCACAUCGAAACCAUUUUCGCCUCGUUUUUCCGAUCACUCCCCGACGUCAGACUCCGCCGUGAGUGCAUAAGAACUAAAGACGGAGGAGCCGUCGCUCUCGACUGGGUUUCCGGUGACGACCGUCUCUUGCCACCUGAUGCUCCACUCCUCAUUUUGCUGCCAGGUUUAACUGGAGGUAGUGGUGAUUCUUAUGUGAGACACAUGUUAGUUAGAGCUAGAAGUAAAGGUUGGCGUGUUGUUGUGUUCAAUAGUCGUGGCUGUGGAGAUAGCCCUAUUACUACUCCCCAGUUCUAUUCAGCAUCAUUUUUAGGAGAUAUGCGUGAGGUUGUUUCUCAUGUCUCAGCUAGAUACCCCAAUGCUAAUUUAUAUGGUGUUGGUUGGUCACUUGGAGCAAACAUUCUUGUUCGUUACUUGGGUCAGGAAUCCCAAAAUUGUCCUCUUUCUGGCGCUGUAUCAUUGUGCAAUCCAUUCAAUUUGGUUGUGGCAGAUGAGGACUUCCGAAAGGGAUUUAACAAAAUUUAUGACAAGGCUCUUUCUAACGCACUCUGCAAGAUUUUCAACAAACAUGCUUUACUCUUUGAAGAUAUUGGUGGUGAAUAUAACAUUCCACAGGCAGCCAAUGCCAAGUCUGUUAGGGAAUUUGAUGAUGGAUUGACCCGCGUUUCUUUUGGAUUCAAGUCUGUGGAUGAUUACUACUUUAAUUCAAGCAGUUCAGAUUCCAUAAAACAUGUUCAAACACCUUUGCUCUGCAUCCAGGCAGCCAAUGAUCCAAUUGCUCCUUCUAGGGGAAUUCCUCGUGAAGAUAUCAAGGAAAAUCCAAACUGCUUAUUAGUAGUGACAUCUAAAGGUGGUCACCUGGGGUGGGUUGCUGGUGAUGAAGCUCCACUUGGAGCCCCUUGGACUGAUCCUUUGGUCAUUGAUUUCCUCCAAUUUCUAGAGACAGAAGAAGCAGCCAAAUCAACACAAACUUGUAGCAAUCCUGGAGAUAAUAAAGAGACCUUGUACCAUCUUCAAGUGUAGUGUGAUACUUAUCAUUCAUUCAUUCAUCAACUACGUUCUGCAAUCUCAAGAACACAACAUUCUUGAACAUUCUUAGUCCCUGGAGUGCCAACAUGUGGAAGCAACUAAACUUUUGUUCCUUACUCCAGCGAAGCAUGGUGGAUAUUAUUUAUGAUCGAUUCAAGUAUAUCGUUCCAUUUGCCUACCACUCAAUGAAUGCAUAUACAAAUAAUUUUUUUUUGAAAAGGCCUACAGAAAUAAUAUAAUAUAAUAAAUAAUUAAUUUGUACUGUAAUUCUUUAAACAUUUCAUAUUGUUUUCGAACUUUUCAACAUUUA